AUGAAGACACAUUUGAUUGUAACAAACAUUCUUAACUGCAUUUUUGCGAAAGCCAUUAUCCCGAGCACGGAAUCGUGCGGCGUGGACAAUUCACCGAUAAAUAUUGUUUACGAGGGCAGAGCUCGCAUCGAGACCUAUCCCUGGCUGGGAAUACUGUACUAUCCAUUAUAUCAGAAGCGUUUAACAACAGCCGUAGUUCUGAUAACGAGGCAAAUGGUUCUUGCUUCGGCAGCAGAAAUAGAGAAGAUGCCAAAGAACAACUUCAGAAUGCUUUCCAAAGUCGUACUGGGUUGCAACUGUAGUGGCCCUACCAUUGGAGUGAGAGACUACAUCAACCACCCCGAUUAUGGCAGGCAUAGUUAUAAUGCUCUAACUAUGGUGCAGUUGGAGACCGAUGAUUUAACAAUAGACUGUACAAAGCCUAUUGUAAAUGUUUACAAAAUGAAAUAUGUCGGCGAUGAAGAGUGUGGACAGUACUACAGAAGGGCAGAGCUGGACAUGGGCAGCUUAUGGCCGAAAUACGCUACGUGUGCACAAGCCAUUAUGGGCAGAGAAUGUGUUUGGAGAAGUGGCACCGCUUUAGUUACGAAAACUAAUGGAAGAUGGAGACUGAUUGGUUUUGGUAUCUACGGACCUGGUUGCGGGGCCCCGGCGAGGUUCUUGGACUACGGAAUGUACGAACGCUGGGUGAGCCGCAGUGUUGCCAGGAUCGGGAGACCAGCAAUCUCGCAAAUGGAUACCGAUUACAUCAUAUUACGACGCACGUUUUCAAACGUCCAAAGAUACGGUCCGUGUGAUCCAGAGGAAACCAAAACGGAGAUAUUCACUGAUACAACCCAGAUCAUGAGAGAAGGACACAAUUUUAAUGUUCGCUACAAUCUAUCUCUGUAUGCGUCAGUCGAGUACUCAUGUAUAGUGUUCCGUGCAAAAAAUGUCAGACAAAUUCAAGAUGGCGGGCCGUAUGUAAAUUCGUUUCGCAAACCAAAAAUCAGCUUAAGACGUUGGUGUUCGGGCCCCGCAGCGCUUUGCCACGACUUUCAAUACAUCGAAAUACAUUUUUACGUUGAAAUUAACUUCGAAAGCGAUAUUUUAUUCAAAGUCAGCGCCUACGGGAAGGAGGCAAAGGUUAUCGACCCUUUGAAAGCGACAUUAUUCGCCAACCAAAGAUAUUCGCAACCUCACAUUCAAAAUUAUCGAAGACUGAAACAUGAAUUGAAAGUAAAAAAGCUAGGAAGAAACAAUUUUUGGUUUUAUAAGGAAGAUUUAAAGUGA